AUGCUGGACAUCGGGUAUACACGUGUAUACACGCACCUUGUGUUUUUGAUUCUUAUCGUCAUCGCAAGAGACGGGAUGUCAUUAAGUGCGUUCGUGGCUGGCGUGGCGCUGGGUGGACUGCGCUACGGCGCCGUGAAGUUUCAGUUGCUGGAGCGGGAGAGUGUCGUGCUGUACUCGACGAGCCAGGUGAAAGCGAGCUUCCGCGGUGACAGCCACCUCCAGACGCAAAACAAGCAACGGUACGAGGCACUACCGAGUCGUGAGCAUGUAUACUAUACGUACGUGCGUGAAGGCUGGAACUCCAAGGUGCUGGCGCUUCGUAACAAGAUGUACGAGUGGUGUACGACCAAGUAA